AACGCGUCUGGGUGGAAGCAAAAAUUCACCGCCGCAAAACCACCGCGCAUUUCUAUUCUUAGACGAUCGAAAGAGAAAGGGAGCCGGGAGAGAACAGGAGAGGAGAGGAGAGGAAAAGGGAAUCGAAUGGAGACGGGAAAGGCCGGUGUUAACAAGAUAGAAGGGACGCCACGGUGUCGCGCACAACGUGGCUCGCUCAAACUCCCCCGGGAGGGAAACCUCGUUGCCUCGUGCAACAGGAACGAAAACGACGUCGACGAAGGCCGGCGACGACAGCGUCGACGACACGCUCUGAGAAUCACGCACGCACUCUCGUGUAUUCACCCUCUCGGCCGCUCUCUUCGCCCGAAGAGGGUCGUGAAACGCAACGCAAGGAGGAUGGUCAAAGAGUUAGAGACGAAAAGACGCUCCAUUAGACUUUCGAAACUAGGAGAAGAAGAUGUUUCCUUCCUCUCGAGACGAGAUCGCACGUACUGGUGUUUAACUAAGCGAAUGCGCCGACACGGGUCAGCCUUUCUCAAAGUCUUCAGAGAAGAAAAUCCGAAGGGAUUCGAGCCGAGCUUGGACGAUGGAGGUAAGGACGAAAAUUAACCCUUUGAACUCGCUCGAAGACUGCUUUUGUAGUCGUUACGACGAGAUGAGGACCUUUCCCCAUCUCUUAUCUCUCUUCCUUCCCCCCCCCCUUCCCUCGGUUUCUGACUACAGAUUUCGAAAUUGAAUUUCAAUCACAAGCAGACACCACAGACCCGUCGGUGUCGUUACGGUUAGAAGAGGAUCGUUACGAGUUACCCUUUCGCCUCGUUAACUUUCCAUCUUUUCCGACUCGU